ACCUGAUAAUGGCGGUGAAAUUGGGUAUAAGCGCGGUACCGUGGUUGGCGGUGAAAGGUGCAAGAUGGCGUUUCUGGAUUGCGUGAUCCGACGUGCUUGUCAACAUGUCACUCAUAGUCAACGACAAAAUGGUACCGAGCAUCUACUCCGACCAUACACAUUCGCACCAGCAACAAUAUUCGAAGAAACCAUUCCGCGAAAUUCCUUAACUAAUCAACCUUCAUCCAAAAAGUUGACGCGUGAAGGGCUAAAAUCAAUUGGCGAGGACGGGCAAUUACAGCGAAACACUGCCGAGCAAGCGGCAACAGUCUCGAAAACACAUCGACACCCAGUCUGGACAACAAGACUGCCAUGGAACCUGCAGCAGACAUCUCCCGGUUCCCGUCAGUUCACGACCCUCACACCGCGGACACUCUUCUCUCAAAGUCACUUGCAUCCGCCCAAGUCUACGAAGUCACCAAUUCCACUCCCUCGCCUCAGCCCGUUCCCUCCCCAGGAUGCAAGAACUUCGUCCUUAACCCAUCCCUGAUAACCUCCGACUUCGACGCUCUCCGCUUCAAAGCCGCAGCGUACAACCAACUCCCCUUCCCAGACUCACGAUCCGCAACACCAAUCUCAGGUUCAGACUCGGACUCGUACUCCCCUUCACCAGCACACUCUAAUCUCCUGAUCUCGUCACCCUACAACAACCCCGGUCACUAUCUAGAUCUAUUAACUCUACCCCUUCCGUCAAGGCUCUUCGCACUCGCGCUCACAGCUCUGCGGCCUGUGCACGACAACUACGUCGCAGCGGCAUUUACACAGAGUCUCGACUUUGACGCCGUGCUGGGCGUUUUGCGGCAACUCGUUGUAAGGGAAGAAGUAACGUGGAAAGAAACCUCGUUCUACGUUGUCCUGUUCCGCUCCCAGCUAAGGCAAGGCGUGGACCAGGAGUGGCUGUACAAGCUCGACUACGAGAGCCAUCGCGAGGCGUGCGAGAGUGGAGGACUGCUGAAGUAUUGGUUCGGGAAGGCAGAUUUGGAAGGGGAGAGGAGGAAUUUGGCGACGUGUUUCUGGCAUUCGCGCGAGGAUGCGUAUAAAGGAGGUCUAGGGCCGUGGCACAAGAAGGCAAGGCAAGCGGGUAGGGAGUUGUAUGAGAGUAUUGUGUUUAGCACACAUCGAUUCACGAUUAUGAACGGCGCAGAGGAAUAUCGGUUUGAGGACUGGAGAGACUGAGCACCGGAAGGCUAGAACCGGAGAAGAUCGACAUUAGCAGGGCACCCAACUUAGGGAGUCCGUGGAUAGCAAAAGCGCCACUGCGUGGAAGAUGGUGGGUUCGACUUUUCUUCACCUUGCAUUCACUGCUUGGGACGCCCUCGACCUGGAAGAGGAUCUAAAGGGGUACUGAAGGCUAUCUGACUCCGAGAAUGAGAAAUACUAGGCCAAGAAUGGAACCAGAUGACGAAGAGCUCGAAGUCACCAUGCUC